AUGAAUCUCUACGCCAUCCUUCAAGAAAUGAAUAACUUCAACUCUCGUAGCGGCGAAACUACCGAUAAUGGUACUGGUAAUGAUGGCCUUGGCGCGGACGGCAAUGACUUUGCACCUCUUCGUCGGCAUGAUGGAGGAUACCGGUAUGACAACUAUCCACCUCUAGAUCGACUGGGUUUCCCUUCGAGGAACUUUCAAGCUGAUCCGCACCACCAGCUUCUCCAGCAACCCGACGCUGUAAGCAUGCAAGGAGGGCUUUUGCCGGUACGUUCUGGUUCAACCACGGGUGGUCCUUUCCGCAGUCUUUCGUCCUGGGUUAGCUCUUCGUCCGAUUUGCAACCUCGUCCGUUUGCGCCAGACUCAUCAUUUGGCGGAGCACCAGCACCUGCGAGCAAUGAAUUGUACAGCAACACCAUGCUUGGUGGGCCAUUGGCCCCGCCUACAACUAAUGCUGCUGCACUGAGCCAGCUCCUUGGCGGCGGCGAUUUCGAACGCCCGAGGAAGGCGACCCCCUACCAGAGCUCCUCUCAGUAUCCACUAGGAAUGCUGACGAUGGGAACCACCAAACCAUCUGCGUACGACUCUUCUGCCAUCAUGGCAAAGGCAAACAGCGUUGUUGCAAACAAUCCAAGAGGUCCAGUGCCAGUACCAGACGGACCUCUUGAGGGCCUGCCCGGACAGCAUUUGGUUAAGGGAAUGUUUGGCAGCAAGAAGGCAAAGGUUCUGCUUCCUGUUGACUUUCACCCGUCCGAAUACACGGUGAUCCUUGGCAGGGGACGUUGCACAGAAAGCAUUGGAAACAAGCGAUUCAAAGCGAUCGUACAAAAUCAUCUGCAGGAGUACUUGGAAGCCCCGGGGAAAUUGGAAAAGACCUUUAUUGUCACCAAAGUUAUGAACAUUGUUCGAGAAUCGUCUCCAAUGGGAGCUUUUGUGAAGUAUGAAAAUGGCAGGUGGUGGAAUGCUGGUGAACGAGCUGCUCGGGAGAAGGUUGGCGCUUCUUUCAGAGAUGCCUUGCAUAACUACUACAAGUCAAGUUCCAAGAGCAAAGUAGCGAGAAGGAGGGCAAAGGAGCAAGAAUGGAGUUCUGGCGGCGCUGCCCAUGGGUCUCACUCGUCUCAGUGCUAG